AUGCCCUCUUUCAUCAGAAGAUCCCAAUUUGGUCUUAACGGUUUCAACGCUGAACGAAUUAGCAGAUGGGGUACCCCUCUUGCUCUUUGGGGUGUCGCUGCUGGAGCCGCCGUAUCGCUCUUCUUGUCUGACGUACCGCUCUUCAAGAAGGAUGUGUUGAUCAAAGUGCCUGUUGUUGGAAAUUACUUCAUCGAUAAAACUCCCGAUUCCGACAAACCUUUCUAA